CUGCUGUCAUUCCCCCCUUGGAAGACCAUUCCUGAAUGCAUGGAAGGAGAGGGGGGAUCAUUGGACGGAUGGGGUAGACUACGGGAACAACGAUUGCUUUCCUCCUUGAUCUAUCCGUUCACCUAUUGUUACCGUACUUCAUUCACAGGAUCAGAAUUGGGAUGCCACGGGGGCUAACUAUGAUACUGUACCUGCAGCUCCGACUUCUUUUUUUUUUUCUCAUUCGCUAGGGUUAUGGUACAUACUCGAGCACACAAGGGUACAUAAAUCAGUUGUUUUUCCCCUCCUUUUCUUUCAAGCCUCACUCUAUCUUUUAAAGUUUUCCCACACGAACCCGUCCGUCAGUCGGUUGAACCCGGACGAAAACCUAUCCAUAGACCGCAUCCACCUGUUCAUCCAUCGCAGCGAUUCUCCUCCACUUACUGCAAGCCCCCUUUCCUCCCUCAUCGUUCGGAUUAGCCCCACCAUUAAACCCGAAAUACAAACAAGCACGCGAGCAAGCAAUGUCCAUCCCCAGACCCGCAAUCUCCUCAAAACGACCCCGCUCCUCCUCAAGCAUCAGGUCAGAAGACGUAUUUUCCCCUCGCAAGAAGGCGCGCGGUUCCUCAGUUCAGGCAGCCUCCUCUCCCGGUCGAUCCCCGCUAAUCCGAUCCCGACGCUUGAGCUCUGAGGUCCCAGACCUGAGCAGUAGUUUGGUCACUGGAAGACUCACACCUGCGCCCUCGGUCACACCUGCGCCGACUUCUGCUCUUGGGAAAGCUGCUACUGCUACUAACGAUAAAGAUACUGAGCCCGAGACAUCCCCACCAACGGUCAACCUGCCCGUCGCAAAGAGACGCCCACGACUAUCACUACCAGCGCCAGAGCCCGACCGUCCCCAUCGGGAGGGGACCGUGGAUUCCGGUGAGCCGGCCGAGGACGCAGAAGACUUUGCAGAGCUGCUGCGCGAUGGGUUCAGUCUUCAGGAGGCAGCCCUGUUCCAACGUAUACAGAAGCGCGGAUUUGAGCCUUUAAUGCCAGCGCACUGGCAGGUGGACUUCUCCACGAUGCCGGACCAUCUAUUCACCGCUGCAGACGACCCAGCAUACAUCGAAUCGAUCACGUUAGACGGGACAUUCAACGCCACAACAGCUUUCCAGACUCUGGUUAAUUUAGGCGGAUUUGUUCGUGGGAAGUUGGAGGGGAAGCACGAUGCUGAAGCAAAGAUUGUUUCUAGCUUGAGGAAGUAUAUUCAGUGGUCUGUCGAUGACGCUAAGAUGGCCGGCUUCGAAAUCCACCCCUUAAUAGCAAUAUCUUCUUCCCAGGGCAAAGACCCAGCCCACUGCGAGAACCGCAUGGAUAAAAAACUCCACGAGAUAGCCAAAACCCUCCGAUCCCAAGACUCCCACCUCUCAAUCAGCCACCCCCGACCAGAAACCUCCUCAUCCACAGUCUACGGCCUCGCAGUCGCCGGCUGCGUUGCAGCACUAAUCACCCUAAACGCCCGCGAUGAGAAGGCGCCUACAAGGACUAUGCUAGUAGUAGACUUUUCAGAGGCGAACACAGAUUUCUGGAAUGCCAUUUCUAUCGCACUACUAGUAAUUGCAGCCAGAGAUGACGAACUGGAACGGGUGGACUUUUAUAGAGACCGUGGGGUAGAGAGGGGUUGGAAGGUGGGGCAAGUAGAGUCUUGGCAAGCAAAGGGGAGGAGGAGGGGCGGGGUUGAGGAUGAGGAUGAGGAUGCGUAGCUUGUCUGGUUUCGAUUAGGGGGUAUUGGUAUUGCCGGUAGGUGUGUCCUUUUUUCUGCGUUUCCUUUCCUUUGUUUGCCCAGUUUUGCUUUCCUCUGGCGGGGAAAGGGGUGAGGUUAAGGGAGGUUUUGUCAGUGUUGGCGUUUGGAUUUGGAAUUUGGAAUGUGGAAUAUGUGGGUAUUGGGAAGUAGCGGACAGUAGGGCCACCACGACGGUGCAGUGGUGGUGGUGGUGACGGUGGCGCGGUAGUAGCGCUACAUCGCUAGGGGGUCUAAUACCGCGAUAUCAAAGUUUGCACUUUUCUUGCUUUUGAACUAUUAUUACUCGCAUAGAGCACUGUACGUGUACUAUGUCUGCGCUUCUACAAUAUUAUUGUUUUUCCCCUUUUCCCUUCCCCAUCCUUCCUCUCCUUUUUGCCUAAGUGCUGUAAGCAUGGUGCAAGGAAGGAAGGAAGGAAGGAAGGAGACAGUCAAAUAGGGGGAGAUGUCCGCUUGUUUACUUACACCUUCGCUACUAAUCACUUGCUCGCUUGUCCCCUCUCUUUUGUUUAUUUAUUUAUGAUAUCUAUUUCUACAUGUAUAAUAUCACCAUGCCAGAUAUUUCUCUCCUUCAA